AAUGUUUAGCAAGUUCUACAGUUUUCAACCAUACGGAUCUUGCUGCUGGAGCGUCAGUACUGUUGGAUCCUCAGAUCGUGAUCUUCUUCUUCUUCUAUACCCCCCCAUUUUCCUUCAUCGUUCUUCACGCAGAUCUCUUUCUUCUCUUCACCAUCAAUGGUGUUCAAUUUCCACCUUUUCAUGCCAUUUUGACUAUUGGGUCUAUUGCUUUGUCAUCAAUAUCCUAUCUUUCUUCUUCACAAGAGGGUUAGUGUGAAUGAUGGAUCCAGUUAACUCUUUGCCUGCUGAUGGACUUGAUGAUGUCCACCAAAACGGUGUUCAUGAUGAACCUUCUAAUUCGGGAGAGGACGCUGUUUCAAAUGAUUUAGACCCCCAUGUUACUGUAAAUACAGAAACUUUUGUUCCAGAUGGAAAUUCUGAAAAUAUCAAUCAGUUGGAAAGCACUGCAACUGGAAACUCGGCUAUGAAGGAAAUCGAAGGAUCGAAUGACAACGUGGAUGGCAGUAAUUUGACUGUUUCAAAGGAAAAGGAAGUGAAAAUAAAAGUUUCAACAGAACAGUCAAGAGCACAAAAGGGUCCUGUCAAGAAUAAGAAUGCAAAGGUUGGCAGUUCCAGCGGUGUUAAUGCAAGUUUGGUGAAAAACAGCAAAAUUGGAAAAGACAAACAGGCAUCGCCCGCUGUUUCAAAUGGCACUUCUGCUCUAGACUCUCGCCCAAGACAGCCUAUUAAAAACCGCUCAUCCAAUGAUCGGCAGUCUCAAUUGUCCAAGCAACCUUCAAAGUCUGAAGCAGCGUCUUCUGAUGUUGCAGUGGAGAAGAAAAAGCCAAAAUCAUUGAAAAAGGGACCUCUUGAUAAAGUUCAAGGAGAAGGAGAAUCUUCUCUUACCAACAGAGAAGAUACCAAACCUCGCAGGGUGGGGACACUUCCAAAUUAUGGGUUCAGUUUCAGGUGUGGUGAACGAGCUGAGAAAAGGAGAGAGUUCCUCACUAAGGUUGAGGAAAAGAUUCAGGCAAAGGAGGAGGAGAAGAGUAGCUUGCAAGCAAAAUCCAAGGAGAGUCAAGAAGCCGAGAUUAAAAAGCUUAGGAAGAGCCUAACUUUUAAAGCAACUCCAUUACCAACUUUCUAUCAGGAGCCUGCUCCUCCUAAGGUGGAGCUGAAGAAGAUACCAACUACUAGAGCAAAAUCUCCCAAGCUCGGUCGGAAGAAGACUUCAACAAAUUCAGAAUCUGAUGGAAACGGUAGCUGCAGUUCUCGACAAGGUCGUUUAAGUCUGAAUGAGAAAGUGUCACAGAGCAACUCCCCUACAGGAGUUACCCUUGCCCAUCAAAAGAAGCCGUUACGGAAGUCCCUUCCUACUCGACUCGCUUCUGAAAGGACCAAUUCAGCAGCUGCACCUACAUCUAAGGCAACAAAGAAAGAUACUAGCUUAUCCAAAGGUACAGGGGAAGAGAAAACUGAGAUUGUCACAGCCAAUGAAGAAAACAGUACCUUGUCAAGUGACACAAAUGUUGCUCUACCUCAGAAUGCGGUUCCUUCAGAUAAACCAAGUGAAGAAUUUCAUGUGAAUGGGGACAUAGUGGUUGAAGAGAAUCCUCAGCUCGUGUUGUCACAAGAACCGAUCAUGACUGUGCAUUGAGCAAACUACAGGUUAUUGGAGAAUUUGUUUUGUCUGUGAAUGAAUGUUAUAGAAGCUUAUGACUCGGAUUAUUUUGACAAUGAAGGCUUGCAAAUUUGCAUUAUGGUUUCUGUUGUCCUCUUGUCUUUGUCCAAGCGUCAUUGUUUCUUUAUCUGUUUACUCUCAAGCUUGUUGAUUCAGUCCUCAUUAUUCUCUUUUUUUUUUCUUUCUUUUUUUUGCUUGCAGCAAUGUAUGUAACUAUUCGCAAGGUCAUUGUAGUUGAUGGUUAUUUUGAGUAUGCAACAUUUGUCUGUUUAGUGGGAUAUAUAUUAUGAGGAAAAUUUUGAGAAAGGUCUUGCUUUGUUAAACAAAUUAUAUUGUUGGCAUGUACAGGAUGUUUGUUUUCUUGUGAA